CCCAGGGGUCCGGGCGGCGCCGGCUCCGCCCAGAGUGGCAGCAGCAGCCGCGGCCGCCGGAGCCCCGCGCGCUGGGCCCGACAUGGGGGGCCUCCUGGCGCUGCUCGCCGCCGCGCUCUGCCUGCGCGCCCGCGCCGACUUCGACGGGCGGUGGCCCCGGCAGAUCGUGUCCUCGGUCGGCCUGUGUCGCUACGGGGGGCGGAUCGACUGCUGCUGGGGCUGGGCCCGCCAGUCCUGGGGACAGUGUCAGCCUUUCUACGUCUUAAGGCAAAGAAUAGCCAGGAUAAGGUGCCAGCUCCAAGCGGUGUGCCACCCCCCGUGCAAGCACGGCGACUGCGUGGGCCCCAACAAGUGCAAGUGCCACCCCGGAUAUGCCGGCAAGACCUGCAGUCAAGACGCGCGCUUGUUCCCAACUCUUGACCACGCCCGCGAGCAGCCUCCUUACCGGCCCCCGGACCUCCAGGCCACCAGUGCACCGGCGAGGGAUCUCAACGAGUGUGGGCUGAAGCCGCGGCCGUGCAAACACCGGUGCAUGAACACCUUCGGCAGCUUCAAGUGCUACUGCCUGAACGGCUACAUGCUGAUGCCCGACGGCUCCUGCUCCAGUGCCCUGUCGUGCUCCAUGGCCAACUGCCAGUACGGCUGCGACGUGGUCAAGGGGCAGGUGCGGUGCCAGUGCCCCUCGCCCGGCCUGCAGCUGGCGCCCGAUGGCAGGACCUGUGUGGACGUGGACGAGUGCGUGACCGGGGCCGCGUCCUGCCCGAGGUUCCGGCAGUGCGUCAACACUUUCGGGAGCUACAUCUGCAAGUGCCACGAGGGCUUCGACCUCAUGUACAUCGGGGGGAAGUACCAGUGUCACGACAUAGACGAGUGCUCCCAGGGGCAGCCUCCGUGCAGCAGUUCCGCCUGGUGUCACAACACGCCCGGCUCCUACCGGUGCCAGUGUAAGGAAGGCUACAAGGGCGACGGCCGGACCUGCGUGUAUGUCCCGAAGGUCGUGGUCGAGCCCCCCGUCCGAGUGCCCCCGAGCAGCGCGAGCCCCCCCCGGGAGGACGGGGGCUUCAGCAACCGGAUUCCUGACGUGGGGGGCACGCGGGGCCCCCCCGAGACGCCCUAUGUUCCUCCCGUCACCACCAGCAGCCCCACUGCCGCGCCAACCGCGAGACCCACGCCAGCGCCAACCCCGUGGCGGCCCCCGCCCCCGCCCCCAGAACCCAGAACUCCGCCACCGCCCCCGCCCCCCGAACCAAGAACUUCCCCCCCGCCCCCGCCCCCCACGCCCGGAUGGACGACGGCGGCCCCCGCCACGCCGCCUCUCCCGUGGGCCACGGUGGACAACCGGAUCCAGACGGACCCGCAGAAGCCGCGGGGAGACGUGUUCAUUCCCCGGCAGCCGACCAACGACCUGUUUGAGAUCUUUGAAAUCGAGCGAGGAGUCAGCGCAGACGAGGAGGCCAAGGACGACCCAGGUGUCCUGAUUCACAGCUGCGAUUUUGACCACGGGCUCUGCGGCUGGAUCCGGGAAAAGGACAGCGACUCGCACUGGGAGCUGACGCUCGACCCCGCAGGUGGCCAGUACCUGGCCGUGUUGGCAGCCAAGGGCCCGGGGGGCAGGGCUGCGCGCCUGGUGCUCCCGCUCGGCCGCCCGCAGCCCGGGGCCGCCCUGUGCCUGUCCUUCCGGCACCGGGUGGCUGGGACGCCCCCCGGCAGCCUCCAGGUGUUCGUGAGGAAGCAGGGCGCCCCCGGAACCUCCGUGUGGGGCCGCGCCGGGGGCCGCGGCUGGAGGCACACACGCGUCACCUUGCGAGGGGCCGACGUCAAGAGCGUCAUCUUCAGAGGCGAGAGGAGGCGCGGCCACGCCGGGGAGGUGGCCCUGGACGACGUGGCGCUGAGCAGAGGCCCCUGCACCGAGGCCCGCGGGCGGCGCCACAUGUAGCCCGAGGCCCCGUGGCCCCGUCCCGUCCCCCGUCUUUGCCCCGACCCCCGAGCAGGCCUGGAGGGGCCGGGCAGGGCGGGGGAGGCUGGGCGGUGUCCCCGGCUCUGCUUCUGUGCAGACCCCCCCCCCCGCCGGAGGGCCCCAGCCCAGCCCGGGGGCCGCCGUCCCCACACCCGCCAGCCAGGGGGACCUGCCAGUUCCCAGCUGCCCCCACAGCGGGUGACUGUCCCCCCCGCCCACCGUGGCCAGGGCCUCCCUGCCGCCCUCUGAGAUAGGGGCGGGCGGGCGCUUGCCUGCCCUCGCCACGUCCUGCAGCGCCUCCCCGUGGCCUGUCCCGGGGCUUCUGCUCGGGGGUCCGGCAGGACCACCCUCGGGGGCCCGGGUGACGGUGUCGCCGCAUUGCGGGGGGAGGGGGGCAAUCUGGGGGACAGCGUGGUGACCGGCUGCUGGGCCCUGCCGGGCGUGGCUGGGGUGGGGGUGGUGAGGGGGAGGGGGAGGGAACCCAGAGAGGGUGGGCGCUCAGGAAGGGCUGCGGGGUGCAGAGCAGGCUGCGUGUGGCCCCGGGCGCCGCCCCGUGGCUCGGUGCUCUGUCUGCGGGUGGGAGGCUUUGGAAGGGUGGAAGCAGGCUGGGCCGCCCCCGCCCCCGACACUGCCCCCCACCCCUGGGAGAGUCCCGCCCCCUGCCCAGAGCUGUGUCUGCUGGGAAUCCCUAGGAGGGUCUGGGCUUGGGACAAGGGGAGGAGCCGGGCUGAUGGCGACCCCAGGAGAGGGGA